GAAUACCACACGGAACAAGAGAGAGAGAGAGCAUCACUGCAGGGGGUCUAGUGUGAAACUGGGAAAUGGCGAAGGCGACGAGCUCGAGCUCGGGCACAUAGCUCACGCGUUGCUCCUGCCACGGCCGCCGCGCUCGCCGGCGGAUCUCCCGCCGCGCAGCCUCCGCCGCCGCCGGAGGCCGCCAGCUCUCCCGCACGGCGGCUCCGCGGCUCCGCGGCUCCGGCCUUCUCCCCUCCUCUUUCCCGCUAGGGUUUUCUCCGAUCCCCAAUCACAGUUAAUUCAGAAAUGGCUUCAUCACAGCAUGUUGAGAUGGAGGCUGCGAAACUUCUUCAUAAACUUAUUCAGGAGUCGAAGGAUGAGCCUGUUAAACUAGCAAAGAAACUUUAUGUGAUAUGUCAACAUAUGAAGCUAAGUGGAAAGGAGCAGUCACUACCAUAUCAAGUCAUAUCGAGGGCUAUGCUGACAGUUGUAAACCAACAUGGAAUUGAUAUGGAUGCAUUGCGAUCAUCGCGAAUUCCAUUUGCUGGCGGCCCGCAGGCUGGGGAUUCUAGUGUUGCCAUGCCAAAGGACAAGGAGGUGAUAGGUAAUCAGUCUCCCAUGGUUGGAAGUGAUGCAUCCCAGAAUAGUGGGCAAGCUGGAUUUUGGCAGUUUCCAUCAGGUUCAACAGAUAUGACAACGCACGGGGCAUCUAUUUCGGCGAGGGUACCCACAGGGCCAAAUAGGGGUGAUUUUUCGGCAGCUGAUAUUCAUCAAGGCUCAAUGUCACAAAAGAGUGGUAGGUCCUCUGGCAUUGAAAGCCCUGCAAGUCUGCAGAUGGAGGACACCAGAUCUAUGAAUUCACAUGAUUCUUUGAAAUCUGAUGAGAAAACAAGUAAGAAAACCUCUUCUAAGAGAAAAAGGAUCGAUUCUAAAGGAGCUGGAGAAUUGCAUUGUGAAGACAACUCAAAAUCAGAUGCUGUCUCCACUGGACAAAAUACCAGAAAGGGGAAACAAGUUGGCAAAGCUGGUAGGCAAGGUCAGCCUUCCAUGGGGAUGGAGCAUGAGCAACCGCGUUCACUGCAAGGUGGUACUGCUCUGGUGCCGCCGUUACAUGGUGGUGCACCUUUUAUCAGGGCUCACCAGGAAAAUGCACUGACUUCUUCUGGGAGGACCAUUGACAAGACUAAACCAUUGAAUCCAUUCACAAUGGCUCAAAUUCCAAAUUUUCCUGAAGGACUGGGUUCUAGUGGUGUCCCUAUUGAGCUGCAGAAAAGUAUGCAGGGUGGAGCAAAUUUAUUUAAUGCUGGUUUUGGCUGGAACCAAAAUCCACAAGUUCCAAUUAUGAAGAAUGCUCAAGGGUCUAUUCCCAAUUUAAUGAGUUCUGGAGUUAAUGUCGAAGGGAAAGUUAAUGCAGGGGCACAGAGACCUUUUAACUCUACUUCUGCACCACAAAUGGGAAUUCCCACUGUUCCUCCUUACAAUUCCUCAUCCUUUGGAGAUAGCUCACAUUUUCUGGACAAAGGCAAGGAAUUGGCUUCUGGCAGUACUGGCACUGAACUUCAUUCGAUAGCUAAAGUUACAUCUCUGCCUGGGAUUCCUCAUGGAAGUCCCAUGCAAGAAAGGCAAGGUAUUAUCAGAGCACCACAGAGAGUUGAGGAAUCUUUGCAAGAAGGCAGACCGUCUGCACUUUCGAAUAGAAAUACUGGGUCAAGUCCAAUGUCUCACACCUCUUCCAGCAUACCAUUCAAAGAACAGCAGCUGAAGCAGCUCAGAGCACAGUGCUUAGUAUUUCUUGCAUUUAGAAAUAAUUUGCAGCCCAGGAAGGUGCAUCUUGAAAUUGCCUUGGGCAGAGGGCCUCCUGCAGAAAGUGACAGUGCAGGUCAGAGGGGCAGCGAGAGCAGAUUGGCUGAUGGUUUGGGAAAGGAAAAUGGAAGCAGUCGGGAGAAUUCUGGUGUUUUUUGUAGGCAAAGUGAUAUCUCUAGACUUCCAUCCACAUCUGCAGGAAGUAUUGCAGAGGUUGAUUCCUUUCCGAAGGACCCAGAAAAUGCCACAAAGAAGAUCAAGGUAGCUGAACAGGAUAAAUCGUUGAUGGAAGUAGAAAAUAUGCAGCAAGCUUCUGUUAUGCAGGGAACUAGUUCUGAAAUGCGUUCCCAAGAAAUGGCAUCUCCCAUUCCAUCUGGACCACAGCAGUCAUACUUUCAGGGAGAUGCGAGAAGAAUCGCUUCUGAUAUCCAAAGAACUGAUGCUGAAAAUAUGAACCGGAAUUUGAGUUGGGGUGGCAUGGGGCCUACUGCUUUGGGUGGUAAUAGACAACAUCUAAAUCAGGAAACUAAAGAGUCGCUUGCACCUUCAAAGCUACACAAUACGCCUGUUGAUGGUUACAACUCCAAUAUGCCUGGAAUAGAUCAGACUCCAGAGACUGUUGGAGUUGGUGAUGAUGUCGAAAAUGGUAGCCACGCAGCAGAGAUUGUGCCCGAGCAGGCUGCUGAUGGAGAAGAGGAUCUCUCGGAGUUUGAUGAUUUACCGUCAUCUCCUCCAAAGCACACAAUGACGGAAAAAUGGAUCUUGGAUUACCAGAAGAGAAUGUACAAUGAAAAACAAAAAAGGACACUGGAGCUGCAUAAAUUGCACAGCAGAAUGUCUGCAUCCUAUGAGAUGCUAAAGGAAAGCGUUAAUUCAUCUGAAGAUUUCUCCGCAAAGACAAAGAGUGUUAUUGAAGUUAAAAAACUUCAACUUCUGCCACUUCAGCGUCGUGUACGCAGUGAAUUUUUGUUAGAUUUUUUCAAGCCCAGUGCAGCUGAUUUGGAGCGCAUAAAAGCAGUGAAGAAACAUAGGCAUGGAAGGCGUGCGAAACAGCUUGAAAAAAUUGAACAGAAAAUGAAGGAAGAAAGGCAAAAGAGAAUCCGUGAGAGACAGAAGGAGUUCUUUGCUGAUAUAGAGGCUCAUAGAGAGAAACUUGAGGACAGCUUCAAGGUUAAGAGAGAACGCCUGAAGGGUUUCAAUCGAUACAUAAAAGAAUUUCACAAGAGGAAAGAACGCAUUCAUCGGGAGAAACUGGAUAGGAUCCAACGAGAGAAAAUCAAUCUUCUUAAGAACAAUGAUGUCGAGGGAUAUCUUAGGAUGGUCCAGGAUGCAAAAUCUGACCGAGUUAAGCAACUAUUGCGGGAGACUGAGAAAUAUCUACAGAAACUUGGGGCCAAAUUGCAGAAUGCAAAAUCCACAGAUGGACGUGCAUCUUAUGUUUCUGAUAAGAGUGACCCUGCAAACGACAUCGAAGAUGAGAGCUACCAGCCACAGCAUUAUCUGGAAAGUAACGAAAAGUACUAUCAACUGGCCCACAGUGUUAAGGAGACUGUGAAUGAUCAGCCAUCUUAUCUUCAGGGUGGAAAAUUGCGAGAGUACCAGAUGAACGGUUUGCGUUGGCUGGUUUCAUUGUACAAUAACAAUUUGAAUGGAAUACUAGCAGAUGAGAUGGGUCUUGGUAAAACAGUACAAGUAAUCUCUCUGUUAUGCUACCUUAUGGAAACAAAAAAUGACCGAGGACCAUUUCUUGUGGUUGUACCAUCAUCUGUUCUUCCUGGAUGGGAAUCUGAGCUAAGCUUCUGGGCACCUAGUAUAAAUAAAAUUGCUUAUGCUGGUCCUCCGGAAGAAAGGCGCAGAAUGUUCAAAGAGAUGAUUGUUCAUCAAAAGUUCAAUGUUCUUUUGACAACAUACGAGUACUUGAUGAACAAGCAUGAUAGGCCGAAACUAAGCAAAAUACAGUGGCAUUAUAUAAUAAUUGAUGAAGGGCAUCGUAUAAAGAACGCUUCUUGUAAGCUCAAUGCUGAUCUGAAGCUUUAUCGGAGCUUUCAUCGACUAUUGCUGACAGGAACUCCUCUGCAGAACAACCUCGAGGAGCUGUGGGCACUCUUAAAUUUCCUUUUGCCCAAUUUAUUUAAUUCAUCAGAGGACUUUUCUCAGUGGUUUAACAAACCAUUUGAAAGUAAUGGUGAUAACUCACCUGAUGAGGCCUUACUUUCAGAGGAGGAAAACUUGCUGAUCAUAAAUCGUCUUCACCAGGUUCUUCGGCCCUUUGUACUCCGAAGACUUAAGCAUAAGGUUGAAAAUGAGCUGCCAGAGAAGAUUGAAAGGCUUGUAAGAUGUGAGGCAUCUGCUUAUCAGAAACUUCUUAUGACAAGGGUGGAAGAAAAUCUUGGUGGAAUUGGAGCCGUUAAGGUUCGCUCUGUGCACAAUUCCGUCAUGGAACUGAGAAACAUAUGCAACCAUCCUUACCUGAGCCAGCUUCAUGUUGAAGAGAUUGAGGGCUAUCUACCUAAACAUUACCUGCCAUCUAUUGUGAGGCUCUGUGGAAAACUUGAGAUGUUGGACAGACUGCUACCGAAACUCAAAGCAACUGACCAUAGGGUUCUUCUUUUUUCUACAAUGACAAGAUUGCUUGAUGUAAUGGAGGAUUACCUGGUUUGGAAGAAGUAUAAAUACCUUAGGUUGGAUGGGCACACUUCUGGCCAUGAAAGAGGAGCUCUUAUUGAUAAAUUUAAUGAUCCUAAUUCUCAAGCAUUCAUUUUUCUUCUUAGCAUACGAGCUGGAGGUGUUGGUGUCAAUCUCCAAGCAGCUGAUACUGUUAUCAUAUUUGAUACCGAUUGGAAUCCUCAGGUUGACCUGCAAGCACAGGCUAGGGCCCACAGGAUUGGUCAGAAGAAGGAGGUUCUUGUUUUACGUUUAGAAACGGUCCGGACUGUUGAAGAGCAAGUCAGGGCUUCAGCAGAACACAAAUUAGGUGUUGCUAAUCAAAGUAUAACUGCUGGUUUUUUUGACAAUAACACAAGUGCUGAAGAUCGAAGGGAGUAUCUUGAAUCACUACUACGUGAGUGUAAGAAGGAAGAAGCAGCUCCAGUGUUAGAUGACGAUGCUCUGAAUGAUAUUCUUGCUCGGAGUGAAGCUGAGAUUGAUGUAUUUGAAUCUAUUGACAAGCAAAGGAGAGAAGAAGAAAUGGCGGCUUGGCAAAAGGUGGUUCAGGAUGGUUCUACUAGUGGGCUAGACCCUGAAGUAUUGCCUUCUCGUCUUGUAACUGAUGAUGAUCUCAAGCCCUUCUGCCAUGCUAUGAAGCUUUACGAGACAUCAAAUGUGAAAAGUGUAAAGGUGAAUGUGAGGAAGAAGGGUGAACUUGGAGGCCUUGAUACACAGCAUUAUGGAAGGGGUAAACGAGCUCGUGAGGUUCGCUCUUAUGAGGACCAAUGGACUGAAGAAGAAUUUGAAAAACUUUGUCAAGCUGAUUCUCCCGAUUCACCCCAACCUGGUGGUAUGUCAAAGGAUUUAGAUAUUCCUAAAGGCACUAAGCCUGAAAUUCUUGUGGACAGUUCAAAAGAACCAGAGCAAAUGAGGAAAGAGGAAUCCCCAACUGUUGGGGACUCCCCACCAGCGAAACGGCGGAGAGGUAGACCUAAAAGGUCGGAUAUUUUCUCAUCUCCUACUACAGCUCCAACUGAUGCUGUCAAACAUGAGACUGGAACCACACAGGAUGGUAGUUCUGCGACACCAGCAAGUACCAUCCAUUCUGAUGCACCAGCUACUCCAAUCCAUUCUGCUGUUUCAGAUGUUAACUUACAUUCUAUUUCACCGGCUGAUAUUAACAAACAAGCGUUUGGUACUGAGACUAAGCCUUCUGGUUCUGUCACUGUUCUGGAAGGACCUGUAGAAAAGGAAAUUGGUUCAUCAUUACAGAGUGUUCAUAAUGUGGCAGCUCCUCCAGCACCUCAUCAACCAGCUAGAGGCAGGAAAGUCCAAGCAGGAGAAACACCUCGCAGACGAGGCCGAAAACCAAAAUCUCUAAUGCCAUCUGGUGUAGAUGAUCUUAGCCUUAACCCAACUGUUUCAGCUGGUAGUGGAGUGGCAGACACUAGUUGUGUUUCUUCAUAUACUCAAGUGAAUACUCCCCCAUCACAAGGGAGUGCUGUGGCUGUGGAAGGAAUCCAGAGGGAUUUGGUCGCAGUUAAACUGGAUACAUCGUUAGCAGAUAACGGUAAGCAUGUUGCUCCUGUUCACGAAGGAGAUAAAGGUGCGACCAUUUCAACACCUGUGGCAAAAGAUAUUUGUGCUGCAACUGUGACAUCAGACAAUACUAUGAUGCUGGCACCAAAUACUCAUAAUGAAAAUGUUGGAUUGCUUCAAGUGGCACCUGCACUUACUAUGCCUGUGGUUUCAGAACAUGUUGCGGUGUUGGAUAAGCCUGUUGAGAAGCAAUCUGCUUCACGUCGCCGCAGAAAGAAAACAUCUGGUAGUGAGGAUUCUGGGGUCAGCACUAGACAAAGAUCAGCUAUGAAGAAAUCGUAUUACACUGUUAAUAUUGAUGAAGUUGGUUCUGGUAUGACCCAAAGUGAGAAAUCAGGAACAAUGAAGGAAAGAGAUGGCAGUUCACUUCAAAAUACUUCUAAUGAUGUACCAAAUAUUAACUUACCAUUGCAUGAGAAGUCUGGGUACGAUUCUCAACCAAGCACACCUAUAGCUGUCCCAAUCAAUGAAGCUACACUACCUAGUGGUUUUAAUGAUACCUGUGCUACUCAUUCUGAAAUUACACUUGCCACAUCUGCCAAUCCUCCUGUUGUUGAUAAACUGGUUGAUUUUCACCUUGAUGUGUCUGCUGCUUCCCAAAAUCAAGGGCAACUCAAGACAGGGGAGGACCGUGUGGCAAUGUGCUCUGAAGCCCCUGCUAUUAAGGAUGCCACUGUGGUACCUUCUGAGGUUGACAGCGCUCCUCCAAAUAAAGCACCAGGCAGGAGGAGAAAAGGGUCGGCUCGGGAACCACGGAGCAGAAGUAAUUCUGCAACAGCUACAAGUGAACGACGCGCCCGACUUGGAUUGAAGCAGGCGGAGGACAUAAAAAAGUUAGAGAGAUCAGCAAGGCCAACCACAAUAGUCGAGCAACUGGGAGCUGACUCUUUAAGAGCUGAGGUUACCACUGCUUCUGUUUGUGAAGCAGAGAAGAAUCCUGAGAGUCAUGUGUCAUCUGACAUUUCAAUUCUGGUGGGGAGUCAUGUGUCAGGCGCAUCAAUUACUGAAGAGAGAACUGCCACGAUGAUGUCACAAACUCCUCCAGUGGCUAAAUCAGAAGAAAGAAAACUUCCAGGUGAUUUACAAGGUUCUGAUUUUGAUAGUUCAGUACCACAAAUGAAGCUGGUUUCAGCUGUGGAAUCAGCACCUGCAAUUGAUGAACACAUGCAAGGUACUGAAGUUAAUAGUUCAGAACAGACAAAAGUGGUUUCAGCUGCUGAAUCAACACCUGAUGAACAUUUGCAAGGUAUAGAGAUUGAUAGCGCAGAACAACCAACAAAGACAGUCUCAGCUGCGGAAUCAGCGCCUUCAAAUAAUGAAGAACAUGCAGCGCAUGGAGUGCAUCUUAAGACUGCUGAUGUUGAUACGCUUAUCUGUAGUGCAGCAACAUACAUAUUGCAGGAUAAAAUUGAUAGCAGUGCUGCUUGCCACUCAGAUACACCGUGUGCAAGGCAGUCUGAUGCAUCACUACUAGAUGUUAAAGCUCCUCAUGAUGCCUCAGCUAAAUACACUUCUGGCUCCACCAAAGAUGAUGAUUAUGUCUUGCGCAGUGAAGGCACUGAUGUUGAUGUCACUGUUUCUAAGCAAGACGACGUGAAAGUUGAUGACACACAAGCUGAUGAUAUUUCGAGGGGUUCAUCUGCUACUUCACAAUCAACUCAGUCAGGUCAGCCUCCAGAUCAAGUUGAGAGUUUGGAGAAUAGGAAGGAACAGGUGAAACUGGAAGAAACAUUGGAUAAGAGUUCUGGUGAAGAUCAAACUCAUAAUCAGGGCAAUGAAACUUCCCACAAUGCAACAUUAUUAACAAACACUCCUUCAGAAAACUUGAAUGAGAGUUGUUCUGCUCAAGUACAUGGUGAUACAUUUAAAAGUAAAGAAAAUAUUGUUGAAGUUCAUGCUACCAUGAAUAUUGAUGUCCCUGAGGAAGCUCUGGAUGCUUCAUCCGCACAAUCUCAGAAAGAGGCCAGCACGACAGACUUUGGUGUAUCUACCGAUGGCGAUACAUUUGAAACUAAAAGAACUGUUGGAACCCAUGCUGCCAUGAAUACUGAUGGUCCUGAGGAAGCCCAGGAUGCUUUGUCUGCCCAAUCUGAUAAAGAGACCACCAUGGCAGAAGUUGGUGUCUCUACCGAUAGUAGUCCCACAGUUUGCAAAGCACAUAAUGAUCUUGAGGGCCAGGUAUCUUGUGAAGAAAUCUUGGUUAGGGCUGAUGGUGACAACCGAACCCAUAGCAAUACAAAUGAUGUUUCUAAUGAUGAAAAUGAGGAUGCCAUUGUUAGUCCUGUUGACACCAUUAGAGAACCGAUAGAAGAAAGCGCCAUUAAUGUUUCAGAAGAUUCUGAUAUGAAUAAGCAAAGCUGCACCUUGAAUUUUGGAAAUGACCCCCCUGCAAGUACACUGGCGACAGUUGAGUCUAAGAAAGUUAUUGGAGAUGCUGAAAUUGUUUGUGCUGGCAGGUUAGAAUCUUCUGGUACUGAGACUGAAACAGUGGGUAUCAAUGAGAUCUCUAUUGCUGAUCUGGAGAGAACAAAAAAAACAGGGGAUUUGGACGAAAAAACUGGCAGUCCGCUGUGCGGUGAUGUUCUUGGUACAUCACGUUCCAUGAUAGGUGUGUGUGAAAAAGCACCUACUGAAGAUCUUACUGCAGGUAGCCAUUCAGAAGCACCUAGUUCACUUGUUGCUCUAGAACCAGCUCAAGAAACUACUGCUGCAAACGCAGUAGUAUUUAUGGAUGCCUGCAAUGCAGAACCUGAUGGUGAUUCUACUAUCGGAGCAAAACAUACUGUAGAAAUGGUUCAUUCUGCGGAAGAGCAAUCUGCUGCAUCUGAACGUGGUGAGACACAGGAAAAGCCAACCGUGAUUUGUGGUCCAAUGCUAAAUGAAUCUGAGACUGCAGGGUUGGAAGAUGACUGCUCAUUACUGAAGCAUAGUGGUCAUACUGCCUCAUCUGAGCUUCUUGUUGUAGCAUCCAAUCCAAUCAGUGAAACUUCUGAUAUUCAAGUGGAAUCGGAGGCAAUAAAAUCAGAUGGGUACUGUGCAGAAGAUAAAGGCAUUGGAUGUGAAACUAUCAUGGAAUUGGAACCAAAUAAAGAAACUGCUGUUCCUAUGCAAGAGGAUGUUACAGAAGCUAAUGAUACUAUUGCUACAUACAAAGCAUGCGAUGAUUCUGAUAAUCAUGCUUUUGGUGAAGCGUCUAUGGAAAUGCAAUCAGAGAACAAGGCAGCAUCUUCUAUUCAGUCUGGUUUAGAAAAUGUAAUCAUACAGGCUCCUGCACUGUCUGAUGGAAUGGAACAAACCAAUAUGGCUUCAGCUUCAGAACUAGCACCUGAAAAUGAUAAACAUAUGCAAGGUACUUUUAUCACGUGCAUGAGCCCACACAUGCACAUCAGCACAUGCCAUGGCACUGAAGUUAAUAGUUCAGACCAACAACCAAAGAUAGUCUCACCUGCUAGUGAUGAACAUGUGCAAGAUGUUAUGGUUCAUAUUUCCGAACAACAAACAGAGAUGGUUUCAGAUGCAGAGAUUGGCACAUUGUGUGUCCAGGAGGCUGCAAUUGUUGAUAAUGACAAAACAAGAGGAACAGUUGAUCCACAUGACAUAAGAACACAGGCUUCUGCAUUAUCUGGAUGUGACUUGCUUGCUGUGGAGGCACAUAGUUCAGAACAAAAAACAGUAUCUUCACCAGGCGAAGAGAUUCAAUCAGCGGAUGCCAAGGAGACUGCCAUUGCUGAUCAUGAGGAAACAGGCGAUCAGAGUGGCGUCAGUACACAUGCUCCUCUAUCAACUGAAUCUGAAGAAAAAGGAUCAUCUGGAAUUGAUUUGCAUGGAUGCAACAUGCAUGAAGUGCAUCAGGCAACUGGUGAUGGUGCUAUAUUAUCAUCUGGUGGAGAACAGGACAUGUUGCGAGAUAACAUGGGUAAUGGCGGUGGCGUGGAGCUACCAACUUGUCAAAGAAAAACAGAUUUUGAGGGUGACAAAGAUCAUUCUACUGAACCUCCUGCAACUACCCUGGUGAUGGCUGAAUCUUGUAAAGAUACCAGUGAUGCAGAAAUUAUUUGUGCGGGCAAGAUAGAAUCUUCUGGUGGCAGUGAUAUUGGAACAGUCGGUGUCCAGGAGGCUACCGAUUUUGCUGAUCAAGGUAUUGAGGCUCAUGGUUCAGAACAAAUGAAUAAGGUUUCAGUUGCACAAGCGGCAUCUACCAUUGCUUUAGUAGGAUAUUCUUCUUCAGAAGACUCAAUGUGUAAUGAUUCUACCCGAGCAGCUGAUGGUGGCGAUUCUUUGGAUAGUAAAGGAGCUGGUGUUGAUGGCCAAGAAACUACAUCAACUCAAAUCACCUCUACUCUUCCAGAGAAUACUGACAUGGAUUGGCAAAGCUGCCCCUUGCAAUCUGGGAAUGAUUCUCCUGCAACUACUGCAGCUGUGGUUGAAUCCGAUAAAGAUACCAGCGAUGCUGGAGCUGCUUGUGUUGGCAAGACAGAAUCUUCUACUAGAGUUGGGAUUGAAAUGAUGGGUGUCCACGAAACUUCCAUUGCUAGUCAGCAUGAAACAGUAGUAACAGGUGAUCUGAACAAGGAAAAUGGCAGUUUGCAACGUGGUGAUGGCUGUGUUACAUCAUGUUCCACAUUAGUUAUUGCUUGUGAAAAAGCACCUAGUGGAGAAGAGGUUAUUGCGGUUGGCCAUUCAGAAGUGUCCACUUCAGUUGAACUUGUUGCUGCACAAUCAACUCAAGAAGCUACCAUUUCAGACCGAGAGGAAACUGUUGUCUAUGAAAAAGCAACUAGUGGAGAAGAGCUCACCAUAAGUAGCUGUUCAGGUGCUCCCACAUCAGUGGUACUAGUUGGUAGCGAAGCAACUCAAGAAACGAUGUCGAACCAAGAACAAAUUAUAGAUGCUGUGGGUUCUAAGCAUGAAAGCAAGACUGAAGAUGUUAAAGCUUCUGAAGAGCAACCAAUACUAUUUCGACUUGUUGAUUCACAUGCAAAGCCAACUGAGAUCUGUGGUCAUAUGCAGGAGGAAUCCAAAGAAAACUUGAUAAAUGAUGGCUCAGAACCUAAAGAUGGUAGCCCUACUGCCUCGUCUGAGCGUGUUGCAGAACCCAAGCCAAUUGAUGAAACUUCUGUUAUGCAAGUGGAACUGACAACGAGUACAGGGGAUGAAUGUGCAGCCGAGGAUCACAAUGUUGCUCCAUCUGAAACUGUUAUGGAAUCGGAGCCCGUUCAAGAAACUGUUGUUCCUAUGCAAGAGGAUGGUGAUGUGUCAAUGCCAGUAGAAUCAGAAAUUGUUGCUAGGCAAGGGGAUGUCACAGAUGUUAAUGAUACUACUAUCAUCAGCGAAGUAUGCAAAGGUACCGAGUCUCAUGUAUCUGGUGAAGUACGAAUUCCAGUUGAGUCAUUGUCACUCAAGGUGGAACUGCCGAGCGAAACAGAUGACUUUCAAGAUCCAAAUCAAGGGAUGCAACUCGAUGAGCAUGAGGUGCGAGAUUCGCCUCAGCCUUAUGCUGUAGCUGAUGAUCUUCCCACUAUAUUGGGAGCUGAGGUAUUAAACACCAAGUCUACACCUGGGGGAUCAAUUGCAAAUUCUGGUGGUGCUGACACUGAACAGAAGUUGCCACCUUCAUCUGGUGAGGCCAUGGUAGACACACCCAACCAAGAGUCUCAGGAGGCUUCAAGCUCUGACCCUUCAGGAAAUGAUGAAAUUGCAAAGAUGAAAGAGGAGGCUGCUGCUGAUGCUGCUCAGGGAAUGCUAAACAGCGAAACUGCUCAUGGUGGUGAAAAUAUAGAACUUGGUGAAGCUGACACUGAAGUGCAAUUGCCACCUUCAUCUGUUGAGGAGGCCACGGUUUGCAUAUGUAGUGAGCCACCCAGCCUUGAGGUCAAGGAGGCUCCAAGCAGUGAUCCAUCAGGGAGUAAUGAAAAUUUCGAGAUGGAAAACGCUGCCGCCGCUGCUGCUCAGGGACUGUUGAACACCGAACCUGCUCCUGGUGGUGAAAACGCAAAGCUUGGUGAAGCUGACACUGAAGUGCAAUUGCCACCUUCAUCAGUUGAGGCCGCCAUGGUAGAGAUAUGUAGCGAGCCACCCAGCCAUGAGGUGAAGGAGGCUCCAAGCAGUGAUCCAUCAGGGAGUAAUGAAAAUGUCGAGACGGAAAAAGCUGCUGAUCGGGUACUGCUAGACACUGAACCUGCUCCUGGCGGUGAAAAUGCGAAGCAUGAUGAAGCUGACACUGAAAUGCAAUUGCCACCUUCAUCUGUUGAGGAGACCAUGGUAGACAUAUGUACAGAGCCACCCAGCCAUGAGGUGAAGGAGGCUCCAAGCAGUGAUCCAUCAGGGAGUAACGAAAAUGUUGAGACAAAAAAUGCUGCUGCUCAGGUACUGUUAAACCCUGAACCUGCUCCUGGUUGUGAAAAUACGAAGCAUGGCGAAGCUGACACUGAACAGCAAUUGCCACCUUCCUCUGGUGAGCCGAUGGUAGACAUAUCUCGUGAGCUACCAAGCCAAGAGGUAAAGGAGGCUCCAUGCAUCAACCCUCUAGGAAAUGAUGGAGAUGCCAGGACGGAAGAGGCUGCUGCUCAGAGAUCACUAAACAUGGAAACUGCUCAUGGUGGUGAAAAUGCAAAACUCGGUGAAGCUGGCAUGGAGCUACAAUUGCCCCCAUCUGGUGAGGCAAUGGUAGAGAUAUCUAGUGAGCCACUCAGCCAUGAUGCUGCCUGUGAAUCUUCAAGACUUGCUGGAGCUGAUAUGGAACUGCAAUUGCCACCAUCUGGGGAGGCUAUGGUAGAUACAUCUAGUGAGCCACCCAGCUCCCAAGAGGUAAAUGAGGCUCCAAGCAGUGAUGCUUCGGGAAAUGAUGAAAAUUCAAAGACAGAAAAGACUGAUGCUUCUUUGCAGAGACUGCUAAACACCGAACCUGCUCUUGGUGAAAAUACAGAACUCUGUGAAGCUGACACCGAAAAGCAAGCGAUACCAGUAUCCGAAGAGGUUAUGGUAGAAUCAUCUAGUGAGCAUGGCAGCCAAGAGGGAAGGGAAGCUCCAACCACUGACCUGUCGGGGGAUGAUGAAAAAGCUAAGUCGGCGAGGGCUGCAGUUGUUGCGGAACUUUUUGGAGAUGCAACAGAAGGCAGUUCAGAUCAGCCAUUGCUAUCUCCCAGAGGUCAAGGCGAGGAUGCAGAUGCUGAUGGAGGUGUAGAGUAAACUAUGCAAAUAUUGUCCUAAGAACUACUAGAGUCCGUGUAAGUAAGAACUGCCAUUAGAGCUUUAGUUGUGAGUUGUAACCCGUGGAAGCUCUUACUGAAAUUAAUGCUAGUUUACGUGGUGCUGAGAUUACAGCAGCUGUGGCGCACGACAGUUCAUUGUUUUCAAACGUGUGAAUGCUCGCUGAACUUAUGUGUGUCGCUUGAUCCACCUUA